AUGGAGUUCAUCAACCACACCAAAUUUAUAUGUUUGGCAUUGAUUCUCAUGUUGGGGGCUUGGUCUUCUGAAGCCACUUCCCGCAGUCUCCAAGAUGCAAUGAUGUAUGGUAGAUACGAGCAAUGGAUGGCUCGUUAUAGACGCAUAUACAACGACAUUGACGAGAAGGAGAUGCGCUUCCACAUAUUUAAGGAAAAUGUAGCUUUUAUAGAAUCUUCCAAUGGCGAAGCAAACAAACCUUACAAAUUAAGUGUCAAUCGAUUUGCAGACCUUACAAAUGAAGAGUUCACAGCCUCAAGAAAUCGAUUCAAGGGGCAUGAAUGUUCCACAACAACCACUUCUUUCAAAUAUGAAAAUGUUACCGUGCCAGCUACAGUGGACUGGAGACAGAAAGGAGCUGUGACUCCCAUCAAGGACCAAGGCUAA